AGCUCGUGUCCUUCGCCCGGGUUGACGUUUAACAGUCGCGAAUACAUUAAUUGCAACUUGCAGCGCGAGCGCACACACAAGAAAGGGACGCGGCGCGCGGACGACGGCGCGCGCGGCUCUCGGUUAAGUGGCCGGGGCGGGACGCCGCGUGGGACGAGGCGGAGACAGCGGGCGGGCGCGCGGGCAGCGAGCCGGUCGGGUUGGCGGACGGCUGAUUGUCCGCGUUACCGAGCGCGCUCGGGGGCGUGGCCGCUCGUCGCGCAGACCACGCCCCUCUCACCUACUAGUUUUCUCCAGUUUGGCAUCCCAGAGAUGGUCCAAAGUGAUUCCUCAGGGAAGAAAAGAGCGCAAAUCAGCCGAGCGGGAGCUGCGGAGACUCUGCUGCCCAGGACCGCCGCUUAAUUGCGAGUAAUCUUCCGUUUCAUUCAUCUGAACAGAGAGGACUGUGAAUAAACAAACGGAGCGACGGAGGGCGAAGCGUCUUUCAUCUGCGUGGUUUUCGCCCUCGCCGUGGACUGUUUCUUUUUUUUCCCAAACUGACAUUCUGCCUGUGUUUUCGUCAGCUGCACCUUGAUCCGGGGGACCGUCGCCAACUCGGUGCAGCCUCUCAUCUCGCGCUUCCUCUUUCAUCGCGCUCACGUUGUUCGUCUUUACAGCUGCCGUUCCCCCCUCUUAUUUUCUCGUCUGGAGUCGCUGACAUGAGGUGCAGCUAACCUUGGAUGCUGACAGCUCCCCUUUUCCUUCCACAUGCCGCAUCUUUUGUUUACUUUGACAAACACGCGCGCAACUAAACGCCAAGUGAAAUAGACCACGCCACUUUGCUCCUGUGACAGCGCGAUCAAACAGACACGAGAGGAGGGGAGGCAGGGAGAAAAGGAGGGAGCCCGAGGAGAGGUGGAUUGAGAGAGAGAGAGAGGGGAGAGAGGGGAGAGAGAGAGAGACAGAGGCAGCGAGAAGGUGCGUUUUGAUGUUUGGCAUCCACGAAAGCAUCCAGAGGAGUGGGAGUAGUAUGAAAGAAGAGCCCAUGGUGGCCGGGAUGAACGCGGUUCGGACAUGGAUGCAGGGCGCCGGAGUGCUGGACGCCAACACAGCCGCCCAGAGCGGAGUGGGUCUCGCUCGGGCACACUUCGAGAAACAGCCGCCCUCCAACCUCCGCAAGUCCAACUUCUUCCACUUCGUGCUGGCUUUGUACGACAGACAGGGUCAGCCGGUGGAAAUAGAGAGAACCACCUUCGUCGACUUUGUCGAGAAGGAGAAGGAAACGACGGGGGAGAAGACCAACAAUGGGAUCCAUUAUAGGCUUCAGCUCCUCUACAGUAACGGAAUCAGGACUGAGCAGGACUUGUACGUUCGACUCAUUGACUCCAUGACUAAACAGGCAAUUGUUUACGAAGGCCAGGAUAAAAAUCCGGAGAUGUGUCGAGUCCUGUUGACCCAUGAGAUUAUGUGCAGCCGCUGCUGUGACAAGAAGAGCUGCGGCAACAGGAACGAGACCCCGUCAGACCCCGUCAUCAUCGACAGGUUCUUCCUCAAGUUCUUCCUGAAGUGCAACCAGAACUGCCUGAAGAACGCGGGGAACCCUCGCGACAUGAGGCGCUUUCAGGUGGUGGUAUCGACUACGGUCAGCGUGGAGGGUCAUGUUCUGGCCGUCUCCGACAACAUGUUCGUGCACAACAACUCCAAACACGGGCGCAGGGCUCGGCGGCUGGACCCCUCGGAAGGAACCCCAUCCUACCUGGAACACGCGACCCCAAGCAUCAAAGCCAUUAGCCCGAGCGAAGGCUGGACCACAGGGGGCGCAACAGUCAUCAUCAUCGGGGAUAACUUCUUCGACGGCCUGCAGGUCAUUUUUGGAACCAUGUUGGUCUGGAGCGAGCUGAUCACCCCCCACGCCAUUCGUGUGCAGACUCCACCCAGGCACAUCCCCGGAGUGGUGGAGGUCACGCUGUCCUACAAAUCCAAACAGUUCUGCAAAGGCACGCCCGGACGCUUCAUCUACACAGCGCUGAACGAGCCAACCAUAGACUACGGCUUCCAGAGGUUACAGAAGGUCAUCCCCAGACACCCCGGAGACCAGGAGAGAUUACCCAAGGAGGUGAUCUUGAAGAGAGCAGCGGAUCUGGUGGAGGCCUUGUAUGGGAUGCCGCACAAUAACCAGGAGAUGAUUUUAAAGCGAGCGGCGGACAUUGCCGAGGCUCUCUACACCACAGUGCCACGGGGGCACAACCAGCUCGCCAGUCUCGGCAGCGGCUCCGUCCAUGCCGGCAUGAUGGCCGUCAACUCCUUCACUGGGUCAGAGGUGGCGCAAACAGCCAAUCAGGGUUUCAGUAGGAGCACGAGCAGUGUCUCCCCUCAUGGUUAUGUGCCCAGCUCCACUCCUCAGCAGAGUAGCUACAGCUCUGUCUCCACAAGCAUGAAUGGCUACGCUAACUCCGGCAUGGCAACCCUGGGCACCUCGCCCAACUUCCUCAAUGGAUCCGCAGGCAACUCGCCCUAUGCUAUCGUCCCAUCGAGCCCCACCAUGGCCUCGUCAACAAGCCUGCCCUCCAACUGCAGCAGCUCCUCCGGCAUCUUCUCCUUCUCCCCGGCCAACAUGGUGUCCGCCGCCGUCAAGCAGAAGAGCGCCUUCGCCCCCGUCGUGCGGCCCCAGAACUCCCCUCCGCCCACGUGCACCAGCGCUAACGCCAACAGCCUGCAAGAUCAGUCUUUUGUGGACUCUAGCAAGUACUCAUCAGCCAGCUCUCUGCAGGGCCUGGCCUUCUCCUGAACAGCAAUUCCCGGGAUGAUCGUUCCACCCAUGUAGAGGGUAUCUGGGAUAGCUGGAGAUUUGGGAAUGUUGAGAGGAAAAGACACAGUAGCGGAGUCUGGCGAGUCUGUGAUAUGCUCCGGAGCUGAACUGAAGGAAGUCAAGAUAAGAUGCAGGACUCCGUUAAACUCAGGCCUUUCCACUGGGAUUUCAUCUGAAGGGAUAAAGGAGGAGAACAAAAGGGACAGUACGAACCUUUGUGAUGUUAUUUCCCUCUUGGUUGAUUUAGUGUAGCUUCUCUGACACUGCGUUGGAUGGGGUGUGUAGAGAGUUUGCCCACAGUGUGACACUGACCUCAUAAAAAGAGCAUUUAUUUAACUUUGUGUUUAUGCCUGUUAGGUUUGGGUUUGGUAACUGGAGUCCCAACAGCGAAGCAGUCGAUCUGCCCGUGAGGUUUACGUAACCUCUGUCCCAAUAGAAAACGCUUACCCCUACUGUAGCUCAGCCCCAAAACCACAUCACACCACUGGCCAAAUGGAACAAACGUCCACAGACAAAACACAGAAGAGUCACCCCUUUGAUUUUGCUGCUAAUUAUCUCAUAAAACUAAAAAUGAUGGAAUCACCCUAUGCUUUACAACCCAUGCCUUUUUUGUUUGGGGGGUGGGGGUUGUUUGUUUGUUUGUCCAAUUGUUUGUUUGUUUGUUUUCAAUAAAACUGUGAGGAUUGAGCUGUUUGCAAUAUGCUUUUUCUGCUUGUCAUGUGAAGGAAGGUGAUGAUUUAGCCAAAAUUGACAUUGUGUCAGAGAUGUUAGCAAAGACUUGAAAAGCCAGGGGGAUGUGUGCGUCCAGCCAGCACUGUACUGAAGGAGUCUAGCAAAUAUUAAAUUAGAAUAAAUGCGUAUUAUAUGUGAUAUAUUUUUGUAUAUAAAAAAAAGUUGAAUUUUUAAUUUGACCUUUCGUUUCUUUUUUGCUAUAGAUAUAGUUUCAAAUGUAAACAUUAAAUGUCUUAAGGCAGCUUCUCAGUGCAGAAGAUAGAUUUACUGUGUGUUGUCAAUAUCUCAUCUGCUAAACAUGAGAAACGUGGAUUUGGAUACAAAAACGGGGGGAUUUCUGUAAAAUAACCUAUAAAUAAUGUAUUUAUCUUGUGUAUUUGUACAUGGCCUCUCACCCUCGUUUAGUUGUGUUGUGUAACUUUAUUACAGUAAGUGAACAUAUUUCACUGUGUUCCGUUUCUUCAUUUCGUGUCGUCUCUCACUAUUUAAAUGUGACUUUUUUAUUUUUCAUUUUUGUUUUCGUCUGGUUUUAUGUGUUGAUUGUUUCGCAUCAGUGUAACGUGCUUUCAUUCGUUGAUUCAAAACAUGCCAUUGUCUAUUUUUGUAUUAUUUGUAACUUAAUAAAAAAAUCAUUUUUUCUGUUUUUUUUCCUUAUGAAAAUGUUUAUUGUACGGCAAAAAGUAGCAUCUUAUUCAGAGUAUUUGGUUGAAGUAGAUUUUUUAAGAAUAUAUACACACAUUAAUAUAUACUGUAAAUCUAUAUCUUUUUGUUUUGAACUCUUUGGCUUUCAGAUUGAUACUGCUCUUGAACUGAUAAUAUGCAUGGGUUCUUCUCUUGAGUGACACUUUCUUUUUUGUGUGUGGAAAACAAGAGAACUAAGAAAUUGCUCUGUGUUUUUCUUUCUUUGUGUUUCUCCUUUUCCAACCCGCGUUUCUUUUUUCCUGUGUUUUUUAUGCCUGCUUACAUACUGUAUCUAUAUACUCUUUCUUUUUUUCUGCCACUGUAAUCUUUACCAGCAGUCUAGAUGCCUUAACAAUGCAAACCCAUUCUUCAUUCAAUCACUUGUACAGUUUUCUACCCUCACCACAAUUGUCUAUUGCCACAGAGGAAUUCAUGGGAACUUGGGGGACAAAGCACAAACCCACUCUGUUUGGUGGUGAAGCCAGACUAGAAUGCAAAGAGCCAUAAUUCAACAAUCACACACGCACACACACACACACACACACACACACACACCCCGAUGUACUAUAAUACUAAAGCAAUGGCACGCUUUGAAGGACAGUCAGCGCUGAGAGGCCUGUCUCAGCUGUGCUCAUUGCACUUUAGUGUUCACAGAAACACUGUCUCUUUUGUAGUGAUUAUGUAGCUUUAUUCUUUUGGUUUUAGAUUAAUGAAAUAAUUUCAACAGCAUGUUGGUAAUAUUUCUCAUUAACCGCAGGAUCACAACAGUGUGACAGCACGGGGCUGUUUUAAUUGUAGUACAAAGGGGCGCAGAGUGAAGACGAGCGCUGUCACAGCACAAUUGUAAUCUCACACAUGGAGCCGUAAGUCUGACUCCAGUAUCUGACAGUCGAUCCCCCAGUCCUGCUCUCCCUGCAUUUGCCUUUGGACAAUACAGCUUCAUUACGAGCUAAAGAGAACAAGAACAAGUGAGGAAGCAUGAAAGGGAGCUUCUUGGCCCCUCAGCCAUCUCUGUAGUCUUUUCUUUGUGUCUGCCGUGUGUCUUCAAGCUGUUGCUGGACAGAGAAUAGGGCUUUUCUCUCUGCUUUUCUUUUCUAGAGCCUGGUUUUGUUAAGUGGGUAGAAAGGGGCCGUUUUAACGGAGGCGCCUGCUGACAGAUGAGUGUUUUGCAGGCACUUGUGUUCCUGUGCUGGUCUGGGCCGGGGCGGGAGGGGCCCACACCGUAUCUGUUUCAAAUGAACUACAGAGGUCUGUUGUCAUACAAUGGCUUCUUUGUAAGCAAAGUUCCAUCCUGAUUAUUAAUAUUGGUAAUGGGUGACGAAGUUUUGUAUUUAGGUAACAACAACAACGAAAAAAGAUGCAAACCAAAUAGCUGGUGUCUAUUUUUUCCUCUGUUUUGUCUUUGACUGCAAAUACACUGAACAGCUCUAUGAUAUAAGGGAUGAAAAGAUUCUACUGUAUAGAUUGUUAUUGUUUUUGAUGAAAACCGAGCUGUAAGAUAACUUUUGGACUCUCACAAUGUUGAAUUAAAGUUACCUCUUGUCUGUGA